AUGAGAAUCUAUGAGAGAGAUCUUUAUAUGAAGUACUCUGAAGGUCGACAUGGGCAGGAACUGGAUGAUGUUCGACCUAUUGUGGAUAUUGUGGACCCUGUGCCACCGGCUACCUCAUCUCCGCAUGGCCAGAAGUCACUAGAUGUGAAUGCUCCGAUUCUCGUCAAGUCUGAUCAUGAUUUUGGUCAUCAAGUACCUGCAAUUUCACACCUCUCAACAAUGGGGUCAAAUGAGGUUGAGGUCACUGUAAAGGACCCGUUGAGCAAGCCUCAUGGCGCCGAUCUAUUACAAUGGAAAUCCUCUGACAGACGAGAUUUGAAUCUCCCUUCAUUAUUGCCUGUCGGCGUACUACGGAGGGACCUCGAUUCAAGUAGCUACUUAUAUGAGCAGAAGAUAUCACUCCUCGAGAGCCAUGGCUGGAUUCAGUCGGAGGUUUCGAAUUGUACAAAUUACAUCCGAGUUUACGUCAACCCCAUGAUGACCAGCCGCAGAAACACUCAGCGAUCAAGUACACGGUUACGAGCUGCUCUUAGGUCUAUCAUGGCCAAGAUCGAAAGCUCCCCUGAGACAUGGAUCAACCCGCGACUCUCUGAGAAAGCCGAGGAUCUUCAAUCGGUUGACACCGUGGAUGAAUCGCUAUGGUAUAUAUUCAAUACUCUCAAGGACCCUUGUCCUCGACCCGGGGAAAUAAAAGAUUACUGGUCUCGACGAGCGAUGGAACAACUGCUGUUCAAUGAUGAACUCUCCGAGCUAGGUCUACGGACCACUCUGUACCCUUACCAGCGCCGGUCUGCUGCGACAAUGGUUCAACGAGAAGCACAGCCAUCACAAAUGCUGGAUCCUCGAAUGCAGCCGUGUCAAAGUCCAGACGGGCGUAAAUACUGGUAUGACAGAGAAGAUGCAUAUAUUACACUGAAUAAAGUGCUGUACUCUGAGGCAUGUGGCGGCAUCCUUGCAGAGACAAUGGGCUGUGGAAAGACACUUAUCUGCCUUGCAGUCAUAUGUGCAACCCGGGGCCACACUCCUAAAAUUCCAAUCGAGUACAUGUCCACACCCGAAAAGCCAGACUUGACCUAUGUCAGAGAGUCCACAGGUUCACUGUUGGACAUGGCAGCUGCCGCGGCACAGAGACACUCCGAGCCAUGGAGGACAUUCUUUCGUGACCGGGAACGGGAAGGUCUGUACUUUGAACGCUGCAAGAGGGCAUGUGAGUAUCAUCAAGCAUCCUACGAGAUUCCCCCGCAUCGAACGAGGUAUCAAGGGAGGCAAAACCAGUCCUUCCCUCGGCCUCCAGCGAAGCGAGUCUUCCUCUGUGCUGGAACAAUCAUCAUCGUGCCAAACAAUUUGCUGGAUCAUUGGCAACGGGAAAUCAAGACUCACACCGAGGGCUUAAACGUGCUUGUCUUUGAUCAGAGAUCGGGAGAUCUUCCGUCAGCUGAGCAUCUAAUGAGUUAUGACAUUGUACUUUUUGCAAAGACUCGAUUCGAGCGAGACGCAGGAGAGUCCAUAAACAACCGACGAGGAAGAUUUGUUCAGAUGGAUUCACCUUUGACCGAACUUCAUUGGUUGAGAGUUAUCGUCGACGAAGGACAUAACGUGGCCGGUCAAGGCUCCAGAACAAACAUGAUCCAUCUGCUCAGUCAGUUACACUUUGAGCGUCGAUGGGUCAUUUCAGGGACACCGUCUGCCGGGCUCUAUGGGGUGGAGGUCAGCCUCGCAUCACGCGAGUUGAACGCCAGUGAUACCGAUAGUGCCACCGACCUAACGGCCGCCGCUUUACAGAGUCGAAGAAAAACUGGCAACGCGGUCACCAACGAGUUGAAAGAUCUGGACAGGCUGCGAAGAAUCGUAGUCGAGUUCCUGGGUCUUAAGCCCUGGGCUAAUUCUCGAGCCGACGACGACUACGCGGACUGGUCCAAGUAUAUUAAACCCAUCGGUGAAGAUGGCCGGCGUCGAAAGACGGCCGCUAUCAGAGCGACUCUGCAGGGUCUGGUCGUGCGGCAUCAGUUGAAUGUCGUGAGCCAGGAGAUCUACAUUCCAAAACUGUACAACGAAGUUGUCUAUUUGGAACCCACCUUCCACGAUCGGCUAUCCAUCAACUUGUUCCUUUUCGGUCUGGCCGUGAAUGCAAUCACGUCAGAACGUCAGGGACCAGACUAUAUCUUUGACCCGAGAAAUCGGAAGCACUUGAACCAAACUAUCAAUAACCUACGUCAGGCCGGGUUUUGGUGGGCUGGUUCCGAGGUGAGCCCGCAAGACUCGAUUGAACACGCUACCAGGUACAUGGAUAAGAACCGAGAGAGCAUGACCGCCGAAGACGUUGAUCAACUCAUUCGUGGAAUUGAGAUUGCACGUACAGCAAUGAGAUCUUCAAGCUGGCGCGAAUUCAAGCGUCUUCAUGAGCUUGGGGUUUACAUCAACAAUUUCCCUAGCGAAUAUCGCGCGUACUGGUCGCUCGAUCAAAGCGGCGCUGAUCAGGAGCCUUUGCUGGUGGGUAUUACACAGGCUCGGCGAGCCCAGCAGUUUGUCGCUCGGCAUCUGAAGCUUUCUGAUCCCACCCAGGGGCUCGCAGGUGCCGGCAUCACGACUCGCCAUGAUCUGGAACGUCGAGAUCAGCAAACUCCCCCCAAGGGCGCGCCAGAAUCUGCCCAUAACUUGAACACAGCCUCAACUCCAGCUCCAGCUUCUACACCCGGCUCGCUUCAUCACAAUCCGAAGCCACAAACCAACAAAUCGCCCGCAAAGACAUUCACCCGCAAUCUCUUCUACUCUCUUCCAGCAAAUUCCCCUCUCCAAAAGACCCAACUCGUUGCCACCGCGUCAGCCAAAUUGACCUAUCUUCUCAACAAGGUUCUCCAGCUGCAAGACACUGAGAAAAUCAUCAUAUUCUACGACAACAACAAUUCCGCCUUCUGGAUCGCCGAGGGACUCGAACUCCUCGGUGUAGAAUUUCGCAUCUACGCCAGCACCCUCAAACCCGAGCUCCGAACCGAAUAUCUCAAGCUGUUUCGCGAAGCCGAAGAUGUCCGUGUCUUACUCAUGGAUCUCCGACAAGCUUCACACGGUCUACACAUUGCGCAAGCCUCCCGUAUUUUCAUCGUCAACCCGAUCUGGCAGCCCAAUGUGGAAAGUCAAGCUAUCAAGCGCGCACAUCGUAUCGGGCAGAAAAACCCCGUUUACGUGGAGACUUUAGUCCUCCGCGACACGCUCGAAGACCACAUGCUCAAAAGACGACGCGAGAUGUCAGAGGCGGAGAUUCAACAUGCCGAGAAGAGCCUACUGGAUGACGGGACAAUGAGCGACAUUGUGCAAAGAGAGCCGUUUCUGCCCAUGGGUCAAGAAGAAGAAGACGAUACGGCGGCCGCGUUCUUGGAUCACCCGGUUGGGUUUUUCAAUCGUCAUCGUCUGCCGAUUCCGGAUGAUGAGGAUUUAACCCUCGUUACGUCGAAGACAGAUUUGUCAACGGAGACAGGGAAGCGAGUUUUUGGCGUUCGAGACUCCGUUGCGGACGAUUCACAAUCUGCUUUGGGGAAUGAUGACGAGCCUGCGUGUAAAAAGAUGCGUGUGGACGUUCUACCUGAGAGGGAUAAUUCUCCUCUGGAGAUGGAGGGAGAAGGGACGAAGCGUUCUAUUUUUGGGGGACCGGAUCAUUCCUCGUCUGGUGAUUGUGCGGUGGAUGGGUUGGUUUUGAGCAAUAGAAAGCCACGAGUGAGCUUUUCCUCUUGA